CUCCAUCAAAAUCAUCACUUUCUUACGGAGAUUAACUCCAUAUAUCCCAUACCCCCAUAAAUGAAUUCUUACUGCUCCCACUCUAUUCUUCGUACCCUUUUAUCCUUGCACUCCCCAAACUAGCCUUUCAUUUAUUCUCCAAUUAAAUAAACCAACCAUAAUUCAACAACCUACAUGGCCCACAAAACAACCUUAACCAAUCAGAUUUCUCCUGACCCACAUGUCUCCUUCUUCAUCGUACAAGCUUCUUCCUCUCAUCCUCCAUUAGCAUUUUUUGAAGCUCAAAAAAUAGGCAAUUCAGGAAGAUGCAAAAUCUGAAUUGCACAAUCAUUUGUUUUGAUUAUGGAGGAUAUUAUAUGAAAGAUGAGGCUGAAAUAAAAUGGAUCUCGGGAGGUGGUGAAGGAGAAGAUGAAAUCCACACGAUUGUGUUGAGGAAAUCAAUGGAGGAUAUCACUUACUAUGCUUUGGUUGAGCGUAUUUGCAGAAAGAUAAGGGUAGAUGAAUCUAAGGUGCAAGUGAAGAUUAGUUACUUUCCAAUGGUAUUGUAUUCGUACAAGCCAUCAUACAUUUGGAAUGAUGAAGACGUUUUUGGUUAUCUACUGCAAGUAAAUCAUGAGAAGUGUAGAAGUGUUCUACAUGUGGAGUUCAUCAAUGAAGAAGUGCAACUUUUAGAAGAGGAUGAGGAUGGUACUGAGAAUGAUGAAACUGAUGUCUAUGUCGGUCUAUCUGAUAGAGAGGCUAUAGAGGCUGGUGAUGAAGAUGAUAAUGGUGGUGUGCUCACUUUUCACGAAGACAUUGAGAUGCAUGAUGGUGUCAAUCAGAGACGGGAUGAUGGUAUGAAUUUGGUUAUAGGUCAAGAAUUUAUAACCAAGGAGGCAGCAAAAGUUCUUAUUCAAGCAGCGUCGUAUCAGAAAUCUUUUGAAUUUGAUAUAAUUAAGUCGGAUACUAAGAGAUUUGUGGUUAAAUGUCGAGGAGCCAAAGAUGGGUGCAAUUGGUUUGUGCGAGUUGCAAUGUUAAAGACGUCAAAUAUUUGGACGGUUAGAAGUUUCAUCAAGCAGCAUACAUGUUCUGUCGUUACAAGAACAUUGCCUGAUAGAGAGGUUGGUGAUGAAGAUGGUACUGAGAAUGAUGCAACUGGUAAUGAAGGUACUGGUGGUGUGCUCACUUUUCACGGAGAGAUUGAGAUGGGUGAGAAUAUCACGGAAAGAGAUGAGCAUGUGUUUGAAGAUACAGAAGUAAGACCAGUAGUUGUCUAUCAGCCACGGGAUGAUGGUACAGGUUUGGUUUUAGGUCAAGAAUUUAGAACCAAGGAGGAAGCAAAAGUCCAUAUUCAGACGGCUUCACAUAAGAAAUGUUUUGAGUUUGAUAUAACUAAGUCGGAUACUCAAAGAUUUGUCGUUAAAUGCCGAGGAGCCAAAGACGGGUGCAAGUGGUUUGUGCGAGUUGCAAAACUAAAGAAUACAGAUCUUUGGACGGUUAGAAGUUACAUCAAGCAGCAUACAUGUUCUGUUGUUACUACAAGAACACUGCCUGAUAGAAGGAAAGGCACAUCACAAAUCGUUGCAUCAGUUUUGGCUCAAGAUUAUCCUGGUACAUUUGACACACCAGUUCCCAAAGUUCUGAUCGAUUUGGUUCAUCGAAAGGUUGGUGUGCAUGUUUCAUACACCUCAGCAUGGAGAGGAAAAAGAGAAGCUGCUAAUGAAGUGCGAGGAAGUCCAGAAGAGAGUUUUACUUUAUUAUACUGUUAUAUGCACAUGCUGGAGCAGACAAAUAUUGGCACAAGAACUCGUGUGGUAGUGGAUGAGGCCAACAAAUUUAAGUAUCUGUUUUUUGCCCUGGGAGCUAGCAUAGAAGGGUUCAGUGCGAUGAGGAAAGUCCUCAUAGUGGAUGGAACACACCUGAAGAAUGUUUAUGGUGGAGUUCUCCUCAUUGCGACUGCUCAGGAUCCUGAUCAUCACCACUACCCAAUUGCGUUUGGUGUAGCAGAUGGUGAGAAUGAUGAAAGCUGGAUAUGGUUUAUGGAACAGUUGAAAUCAGUGAUAUCCGAUGUCCCGGGAUUGGUAUUUCUUUCAGAUAGAAACAAAAGCUUGAUCAAGUCAGUACGUCUAGUGUUCCCUGAGGCCGAACAUGGGUAUUGUAUAUGGCAUUUGUCUCAGAAUGUUAAAACCCACGUCCAUAACAACAAAGAUACUUGUGCGUUCAAGUUUAGAGAAUGCACACACGCUUAUACGGAGGCUGAGUUCAAGUACCUUUAUCAUGCUUUUCGCCGGAAGUAUCCUAGUGCAGCAACGUAUCUUGACAAAAGUGUUGAAGAGAAGAAGUGGGCUAGAUGUUACUUCAGAGGAGAUAGGUACAAUGUUGACACCACCAAUUCAAUAGAAUCUUUUAAUGGUGUUAUUAAGGAAGCGAGAAAGUAUACCUUACUACCAAUGUUUGAUGUUAUCAUUGCGAAAAUGUCUGAAUGGUUUAACAACCAUAGGAAGGAGGCAGCUGAAAUACCAUACACACUGAAGCUUGUGCCUAUUUUGGAAACCGAAAUGUCUAAAAGAUGUGUUGAUGCGGGGUUUCUUACAAUUGACGAAUUAAACAGCUUCCAUCUUGAGUACAGUGUGCAUGGUACUGACGGCAAGGUUUAUACUGUUGAUAUGGCUAGGAAUACUUGCAGUUGUGAACAAUUUGAUAAAGACAAAUACCCUUGUGUGCAUGGAGUGGCUGCUGCCACAUUCAUGUCUAAGGCAGCGGGAAGGGAACUCCAUCUAUCAGAGUAUUGUUCAAAAUACUAUUUGGUGGAGCAAUGGGCUUUGGCUUAUCACAGGACCAUAUAUCCUGUUCCUCAUAUGUCUGAUUGGGUUAUACCAGAAGAUGUUAAAGCAAAGAAAAUACUUCCUCCAGAUUUUGACAAGAAGAAAGGAAAACCACAACAAACAAGAUUUCCAUCAGUAGGAGAAUCCCGUGGAAGAGGAAAAAGAGGCAGAGGAGGAGCUAGAGGAGCCAGAGGAAGAGGCAGAGGAGAAGGUAUGGCAUCGUAUUUUGAAUGUGGGAGUGGUUCAGGUACUACCUAGGUUUUACUGGAGAUUACUGGGCUUAUUAUGUGAAAUUUGGAUUACUGGGUUUUACUGGUAUUAUUAUGUGCAAUUUGGAUUACUGGGUUUUACUGGUAUUAUUAUUUGCAAUUUGGAUUAUUGGGUUUUACUGGUAUUAUUAUUUGCAAUUUGGAUUACUGGGUUUUACUGGUAUUAUUAUGUGCAAUCGAAACCAAUGUGUAUCACUACGUUAUGUGUAAUUUAGACUAUCUUUAUAUGAUUAUUUUCAAUUCGUAGGCUACGUAUAUAAUAAAUAUAUAGAUUAGACUAUUUUUGUUAAUUAUUUUCAAUAGUUUAAGAAAAUCUUAACGGUUUCCCAAAAAACUUCCUUAACUUUCAUUGUUAGUAUGUGAAUGGUUAACAAUAUAGUAAGUAGAAUUUUACAAAAUACAUAUUUCUCGUAAAUUGCUUAUGUAAAUGUCUUCUUUGACGAUAAUAAUAGGGUAAAAUCAUUGGUUCUACUACCAAACAUUCUUUUUUGAGAUGGAUUUACUACAAAAACGUAAAAAAUGCCAAAGUAUUACUAUGUGUAUGGUGGUAUUACUAUUACCUUGAAGAUUACCAUAGGUAUUACUAAGUGUUAAAAAUAAUAUUAAAAUAUUUAUGACGGCUGCACGUUUUAAAUGUGAAAUGCAUUUUUCAAUUCGUUUUUUAAUAAUAUAUAUAUAUAUAUAUUUUAGUGUUUACUAAUUUUUUGUAUAUCUUUUAUAGUGUUUUUUGGCGUAAUAAACCCAGUAAAUCUAGUUAUCCAUCUUACUCAUUUUUG